UUGUGGCGGAUUUUCAUGUUUACGUUUGGUAAACCGCCGGUAAACCGCCCUCUUUAUGUGCGCAUGGGUCCAUCGAGUUCAUGUUGGAUAUUAAGUCUAACUCCCGAAUAUGAAACAUCCCCCUGACCGCGAAACUACGGCCAUCUCACCUCAAACCCACCCGCAUGCCGGGAUGAGUUGGCGCGAUACACCCGAACUGCCACGGGCAGAGGAGAUCAUAAAAGAAUCAUGCACCCUCCCAAAGAACAACGGUCUCAAUGCCGUAUACCCGACGAAAAUCGCGUAUCUCCGGGCCCAGUACGAUCUCUUACGCUUCGAGGGCUCCGAGCCCCUCCGGAGAGCCGUUCAAGAAUACAAAUCCGCCCCCGAGAUGGCAGAGAGCACCGAGACGUGCAUAUACACCGAUGUCUUUGUCUGCGGAAUCAACAAUAUACGCCUCGGAGUCAUGGUCCGCGUCACCUUCUCCGCCGUCCGCGCCCGGCAACUCAUCAACUGGCCGGCAUCUCAGCGCGUAGUCCCAGGCACAAUAGUAGCCCUCUCCCCCGCUUCGGACCACUUCAGAACACAGUGCAUCGUGGCAGUGGUGACGGGUCGUUAUGAUGAACUCGCCGGCAACUCAACGGCGCCUCCUCCCUUGGAUCUUGAAUUUUCCGAUCCCAGUAUCACUGCUGGUUUCAUGGAGCUGGAUCAAGAGUAUGUCAUGGUCGAAGCCCGCUCAAACUACUUUGAAGCCGUACGACACGUUUUGGAGGGCCUCAAGCAGACGGCAGAAGACGACUCACCAUUCGACAAGUACUUCGUCGGCCAGCUGAACACCGUCGACAUGCCUAGUUCACUACCACCAUCAUCCACCACAUUGGACAUCUCAGCCCUCCAUGACGGUCUUCAACACCCAGUUCCCAUAACCAUCCCCAAACAAGGCGACAUACCCAACCACAUCCAGUCGAAGACAAGACUAGACCAAUCCCAACUACAAGCCCUCCAGCGCAUGAUAACAAAGGAGCUUGCCAUCGUCCAAGGCCCACCCGGAACAGGCAAGACGCACACGUCCAUGGCCGCGCUCAAAGUUCUGCUAAGCACACAACGCAUCAAUGUGCCCAUCAUCGUCACGGCCCAAAAGAAUGACACCGUCGACGAGCUCCUCGCCAGAUGUCACCAGCUCGGCGUGGACUUUGUACGCCUCGGCGGCCAGGCCAAGGACGAGGUCGUCGCCAGCCGGACGCUCUUCAACCUCCGCAUGCGGUCCCGUGACAAGACGUGGAGCAAGAGCGCGCUCGAGAAACGCCUCGUCUCCCUCAGGUCGCAGGUGAAGCUUCCCCUCCAGCGCUGUUUCCCUCCCGUUCACCAGCAGCUAAUCUUACCGGAACACUUCCGCGAGGUCGGCUUGAUCAGCGCGGAGCAGCAUGCCUCCGUCACGAAAGGCUGGGACGGCGUCGUCGGAUCCAUUGCCGGGGAGGGACCCCAACACCCGCUGGGAUCGUGGCUCGGUAAUCAGUUGCUCGCCAAGAUACCUCAUAGGAGCAUCCACGUUCCUCUCGGCGACGGCGUUGACGAUGACGAAGCAUCGUCGGUGCCCGGUGUCAGCGAGAAGGGUUCCGCCAACAAGAAGAAAGAGCAGCUGUCGGGCAAGCCUAUCUUCAUCGCGCGCUGGAAUAGCAUCAAAUACUCGAGAGGUGUUGCUCUCAGCCACAAGCUGGCGCAAGAGCUGCUCGCCAAGAAUGGCAACCUCUGGUCGAUUGCGCCAAAGUAUCGCGGCAUGGUAUACCACUACCUCGAACGUAGAUACAUCACAUCAACCAAGCUCGCCCUCUCCGCAAUAUUCAAGCAACUCGAUAACGUCGUCAAGAAGCUCAAGGUGACCCGCUGGCAAGAAGACAUCACCGCGGUCCGCGCGUCAAAGGCCCGCAUCAUAGGCUGCACGACAACAGGCCUCACAAAGUACCGCGAGCUCAUCGCUGCGCUGCGGCCGCGCAUCAUGAUGAUCGAAGAAGCCGCCGAGACCCGCGAAGCAAACAUCACCGCCGCGCUGUUCCCCUCCCUAGAGCAAAUCAUCCUCAUCGGCGACCAUACGCAGCUGGCGCCCCACGCCGACUGCCUGGAGCUCAGCAAGCCCCCAUUCUACCUCAACGUAUCUCUGUUUCAGAGGCUCGUGGAGCGCGGCCUGGAGCAUUCCACUCUCCAGGUGCAGAGACGCAUGGCGCCCGACAUUCGCAAGCUGCUGAGCGCAUGGUAUCCUCUUUUGGUGGACCACCCUUCGACGUUGGACCGGGAAGCUGUCCCGGGUAUGGGCUUGAAGAGCGUGCUGUGGUUCAACCAUCAACGCCCCGAGUCGUCUAACCGGUACUGCAGCAAAGUCAAUACUUUCGAAGCCGACAUGAUUGUCGGGCUGUACAACCACCUGGUGUCCAACGGCACAAGCCCGGCAGAAAUUACCAUCCUGACCUUCUACAGCGGACAAAAGGCCUGCAUCGAAAACAGCCUCCGCCAAACUCCCGGUGCCGGUCGUCUCGGGCUCGAGGUCCAGACAGUGGACGGGUACUAGGGCAGGGAGAACCGCAUCAUCCUCAUCUCCAUCACCCGAAGCCCGGAAGACCGUUCAAAACCGAACUCGGGCUUCCUCAACGACCUGAGACGCGCCAUCGUCGCCCUCAGC